AUAUUUAUCUUUAUUUUUAAUGUAAGAAGAUACAACGACUAAUCUAUAUUGACAUGCAUUUAUGACGUUGUUUCGAGCAACAGAUGGAAAAUUAUAAAGAAGGAGACAUACAUAUGCGCAUUUUGUUCAACUUUAUUAUGCUAUGCUAUAUUAUUACGACUUUAUCGUUACGACGUAAUUGUUAGACAUUCAAGAAAAUGUUACGUGACGUCCUAGUGCAUCUGCUAAUUAGUGCUGUGGGUAUAUUUAUUGGUGUAUCUGCGUUUUUUGUCCUGUUUGUUGCUUACGGGAACCACGAUGUCGGAUUUUGGUCGAUUCUAGCAGGUGCCUUAGCCGGAGUCUGUUUUCACUUACAUUGGAUAAAGGGCAAGGAAACUUUGGAGAGAUGGCACACUAGAGUUACAUUGCGGAAUUUAAAUGUUGUAGGCUUUGUAAGUGCUGUAACUGGCGUCACUGCACUGAUUUGGUAUUUAUUUCUUACGUUUUACUACAAAAUUCCCAUUCAACCAAUUUCUGAGAGUACAGCCAUAUCAGCAGUAUGGUCUAUGAUUUGUGCUAAAUGGGGUAUUACAUUGAUGUAUUAUUCAAAUAAAUAUGAAUUAUUAAUUCAAGAAGGAGCAGCACCCAUACUGACAGACGUUGCUUGAAAUAUUAUAUUUUUAUAUAAAAUUAUUUUUUAUAAGAUAAUAAUGCAUAUAUUAGGCCUAUUCAAGUUAUUUUGCAUAAGAUACUUUCUCAAUCAUCUCAUAGAAUGAGACCAACCAAGGAGGAAAUAUAAAAGAUGUUAAAAUUUUAUUUAUACCAUUGUAAUAUUUGUUGGUGCAUUAGUUAUUAUCCCUUAAGCGUUAUCAUGCUUAUUGAUUUCUUGAUAUUACUGAAGCAAGGUGGAGGAAUAAAAUAAUAAAAACACUGAUAAACUUGAGAAAGCUUAUUAACUUAAAAUUUUUUUUAUAAUUAUUAAAUAUAUAUUUAAAAACAAGAAAUUGUUGAAUCCAUCCCAUCUAUUUUUUCCUGAUAAUUACAUAUCAAUGUUUUUAAUGGUUUAUAAUUAUAAAAUAAUAUAAUAUUUUUAUAUAAAAAUAUUGCAUAUAGCCCACUUCUUUAUAUGCAUUUAUACGCCUCUCCACCAACCAAAAAAUGUACAUACACAUAUAUAAACAUACACAUUAGAUUAAUAUUUUCUUCUAAGAUGGAGUUAAUUUAUAAAGUGGAUUGAUAAUGGUACAUAGACCAAUAAAUGAAGAAAUUAUUCCAAGUAAACCUACUGUACCAGGAGUACAUUUUGUGAUACCUAAUGCUGUCAAUGGAAUAAAUAAAUCACAUCCAUUUUUAACAGUAUCCAUCACCACUUUCUUAUGAUUCCUUAAACAGGAUAAUAUUUGAUAUUGUUUAAAUAUAUUUUUCUCGUGUUUUAAAAUCUUGAUAAUUUCAUAAAUAUCUCUUAUUAAACUCAUAAUAAUA